AAAGGUCAAAUUUAGGAAAAAGGAAAUAAGCUGGGUUCACCUACUGCAUCCUGCUACUAUCUUACCGCUUGAGCUCUCUGAAACGGAAAAAAAAUGGCGACGACGAGCGGUGAUGAUGCCAUCAGAGUUAGCGGUAUGGAAUUCGCUUAUGAAGUCGAUGAUCCUAUAUUCUUUGACUUCAACCUCGAUCUUCCAGCUGGAUCUCGCUGUCUAUUGGUUGGCGCCAAUGGAUCUGGCAAGACAACCUUAUUGAAAAUUCUGGCUGGAAAGCAUAUGGUGGGAGGAAAGAACGUUGUUCAAGUUCUGAGCCGUUCGGCUUUCCAUGAUACUCAGCUUGUUUGCAGUGGUGACUUGUCUUAUCUUGGAGGAUCUUGGAGUAAAACCGUUGGCUCAGCUGGUGAGGUUCCUCUCCAAGGAGACUUUUCAGCAGAACACAUGAUAUUUGGAGUUGAAGGGAUUGAUCCCGUGAGAAGAGAAAAAUUGAUUGAUCUUCUUGAUAUCAAUCUUCAUUGGCGUAUGCAUAAGGUUUCUGAUGGGCAGAAACGCCGAGUGCAGAUAUGCAUGGGACUCUUACAUCCAUUCAAGGUGUUAUUACUUGACGAGGUCACAGUUGACUUAGAUGUUGUUGCAAGGAUGGAUUUGCUGGAAUUCUUCAAAGAAGAAUGUGAUAAGAGAGGAGCCACCAUUGUAUAUGCAACUCACAUAUUCGACGGGCUAGAGACAUGGGCUACACAUUUGGCCUACAUUCAGAACGGUGAGCUGAUUCGUUCAUCGAGAAUGGCAGAUAUCAACGAGAUGAAAAUUUCACCCAACCUCCUCUCGGUGGUAGAAUCUUGGCUCCGGUCUGAAACCAAACUCGAGAAGAAGAAGAAGAAGAAGAAGGAGCCUGCGGCAAAAUGGAAACCAUCUCCAUUUGAUAACUCUCCUUUUAGGUCAUCGAGACAUAUGGCUUAUUACCGAUGAUUGGUAAUAACGGUGAGAUCAUUGAUGUGAAUAUGUGAUAUGUAAGAAUAAGGAUACUCGGUACAAGUUCACAUUGUAUUUUUCUGUUAAAGAACUUAAUAAAAAGAAAUACA